UACGCAAUACGUUGAGGGACAGGAGGCGGGGUAGGACGAGUGAAUGCACCGUUCCGGUGAGUUCUUGAACUCGACCCGGCUCUUCUUGAUCCGUUUCCGCUCCCGUGAUCUUAGGGUUGGCUCUUGGUUUGGGUGCUACACUGGGUGGGGGCGAUUUAUCCGGCGCGCAGCCGCCGUGAACUGGAAUUCUUCCUCUCCCUCGUCAACCUCGUGCUAUUCUUGACGGAUCGUGUUUUCUUGGUACUGCCUGAUCUUGAUAGAACAUUGGUAGGAAAACGCGGCCGAAUCGUUUGCUGGUUUUGUUGCUGGUAGGGGUUUUAGAUAAUGCGGCUUGGUGCGCGUUCUAGUCGAUGGGAGAUUGAUUUUUUUUUCGGGGCGGAAUUGCGCGUUUUUAAUCCGGAUGUUUUUGUCCGGGACAGCAAAUCAGCAAUGGUGCGCUCGCCAUGGCCUUAUCCGAUUUCUUUUGGGUUCUUUUCCUCGGGAGAAAGUACGCGAGCCAUGGGGCCAAAGGCAGCAGCUUUUUCAGUCUUCAGCAUCUACUGCAAUGGAUUGUUCCCCUGCAGUGCUUCUGCUUCUUUUUCACUUUUUAUUAGCAGUAAAGUAGUUUUUGAGUGCUUUUGUUGGGAUUGGAAUCUUUGAACUGUUCUCAACUCAAAUGAUGACUGCUAGAGCUUUCAGUUGCAACUGUCCGUUCCUUAUUGCUAGUUCUGGUCCAGAGCUCUUGCAGCUUUCUCCAUUCCUUCAGCAGAACAAGAAAGACAGUUUCUGCUCUUUUAUUCGUAAUUUUGUGUUCUUUGAGUAUGUGUUACUGCUCGUAUGUGAAUCUUGUGUGUAAUGCUGAUAUCUCUCUGUCUGCUGUGCAAUCUCGUAUGAGACCUUUAGAGCUUCAGUUUUAAUCUGUGCUUUGAACUUAAUGAAGCUUAGUUUUGUAGUCUUACUGUCUCAGAUUGACUUAUGCAAUUGGGUUUGGAGCCUUGGGCUCAUAAGAGGCAGUUUGCAGGUGGAUGUUGAGUAGGUCGUUUUGCUGAGAUGCUCAUGAUCUGAUUUGUGCGAUAACCUGUUUCACUCGUUCAUCCAUGCCUAGGACUGGGUUCAGGCUUCAGCUAAUGUGCAACAUGCAGCCAGCAAGACUUCCAUAUACAGCAAUAGGAGACUCCCCUUCCCUUAAAAUUCAUACUGAAAUGUCAAAGCUAUAAUUAAUUAGGGGCUAGGGCAACAAUAGACCCCAAAGUUUUAUCUUCUUUCUUAUAAUCUUAUGGGUUAAUCAAUCCAGCUAUAUCUCUGUCACAAUCAUAUUACACAUGCAAAUUUAUGAUCCCCAAAUUGACGUGAUGCAAUCGUACAUGUUCAGUUUUUUAGGUGAUUUAAUGUUGCGUGCAAGAUCUUUCCUAGAAUACUUAAUCCUUUUGGAUGUUUGGUCAAGUUCUACAAAAUGUAAGAGUAGCUUUUUAAGCAUUUACAACUAGAAAGUUGGUGUUGUAGUUUUUGGUUGUGCUUGAAAUGUUUAGAAGAGAAAAAUAACUUGUAUAAGGAUGACAUAUUAAAGAAUGCAGCAAAAGGAACCAGCAUACCAGUUUCUAGAUUCAUGUUAGGCUACCAGUUUCCUCUAUUGUUUUUUCUCCUGCAUUCUAGAGAGAAGCUCCCUAUUGUAAUAUUUUAUUGCAGAGCAACUUCAGAAUUAUGGAGUAAUUGUGUCUUGUUUUGAUCAUGUUCAGUAAUGAACAAGAAUUAUUAGCAAAAGGCCCUGACGCCCUGUGAUGUUGCCCAUAGAUUGGCUAGCGGACACUAUGUUAUGCUUCAAUAGAUUUACUGCUAUUAAAUUGGCUAGCGGAGACUGUUAUGCUACAAUAGUUAUACUGCUGUUAAAUAUGCUACAAUAGUUAUGCUUCUAUAAUUUUAAUGCAAUUAAAUUGGCUAGCGGAGACUAUGUUAUGCCUCAAUAUUUUACUGCUAUUAAAGGGGCAAUCACUCAUGGGAUAUUGGGCUGGGUAAGCAUAGGUAAUGCUACUGUACUUAGUAGUUUGUCUUCUGUUUUCUAACAUUUUGGCCCCUUCUUGGCCAGAAACAAUAAACAAAAUGGUAUUUGAGUUGGGAGACUAUGGAUGUCUAUAAUGUUACUACUUGUAUCGUAGAUAUUUUAGAUGUACAAGUUAGUCUGCAUUUUGUAAGCUUUCAUAAUGUUAAUUAGAUCACUUCUUCUGAAUCUACUUGUGUUGUUAAUUUGCUGCUACAUCUUUCUGCAGGAAUAUUUUGGUGCAACAACUUGAUAUAGAGUUCAAGACCAAAGAAGCAAUGGAAAGGGAAUCAGCUACCACAUAUGAGCCAAAAAGGAACAGUGAAAUAAGGGUUUUUGAGAGUUUAGAUGAGAUUUCAACAGAUCUGGCUGAGUAUAUCGCGCAAAUUUCAGAAAUUUCUGUCAAGGAAAGGGGAUACUUUGCUAUUGCCUUAUCUGGAGGUCCCCUAGUCAGUUUUUUGGGGAAACUUUGUGAGGCCCCAUACAACAAGACCCUGGAUUGGUCCAAAUGGUACAUCUUCUGGUCUGAUGAACGUGCUGUUGCAAAGAACCACGCAGAGAGCAACUAUAAGCUAACAAAAGAAGGAUUCCUCGCCAAGGUACCUAUUCUUAAUGGCCAUGUCUACUCCAUCAAUGACAAUGCCACAGUGGAGGAUGCAGCAAAAGACUACAAGUUCGUCAUCAGGCAGCUGGUCAAGGUCCGCACAAUCGGCGUAUCAGAGAGCAACGACUGCCCCAAGUUUGAUCUCAUCCUCCUUGACAUGGGCUCUGAUGGCCAUGUGGCCUCCCUGUUCCCUAACCACCCUGCCCUUGAGCUGAAAGACGAUUGGGUCACCUACAUCACUGACUCCCCGCAGCCUCCACCUGAAAGGAUCACCUUCACUCUCCCAGUAAUCAACUCGGCGUCCAACAUAGCAAUAGUGGCUACUGGUGACGACAAGGCGAAGGCCAUGCACUUAGCAGUUUUCGAUGGCACUGAAGGUCCUGAGGCUCCCGCAUUGCUGCCUGCAAGAAUGGUCAAGCCAACAGACGGGAAGCUGGUGUGGUUCCUGGACAAGGCUGCAGCAUCAUCCCUUAAGGCUGACAAAGGAAGCGACGCCUCCUAUGAGCAUCACGAGUACUUACCCUGAAGAUCCAAAGGUUAUUUCGCCGUUAACGAGUGGAGGUAUGUAACGUAAGUAGGCAGUGGUAUGUAACGUAAGUAGGCGGUGGGAUGUGAUGGAAGAUGCUUGGUUGCCCAUUUUAGCUCGAUAUACUUGUAGUCUUGGCAUUAAUUUUGUCUGAGGGUCUAAGUUCCGGGAAAUGAAAAACUGCCCCUUGGUCCUUUUGCAAUGAGGUUAUUUAGAGCGAAGAAAUGUGUAUGCGAUGUCGAGAGCAAAGGAUGAGAACACUGGAUUUUUAACUGUGGUCGUAUUGUGGUAUGCGCUGCAUUCUAAUGCUAUCUGAUUGAAGUUAGAUUCUUUAA